AUGAACAAUUAAUACGAUUGGUCAAAACAUUAAUUCCAAUAAGUGGAAAAGAAAAUUAUAACUUAAUAAGAUGUUGAAAAAUUCAAGACAACAUAAAUAAUUGGAGAAUUAUUAGCAUUUUUAUAAUAACUAAUAUAAUCAGUCUAAAAUAAGAAGAUUUCAUAAACAAAACAUAAUUAGAAGUUUUAAUAAAUUUGUAUUUAAAGAUAUUAUGAUUAGAGCAAUUAUUUUUAUAAUUAGAAGAGUUGCUUUUGAAAGUACCACCUAUUUAAUAAUCAAUGAGAUAUGGCAAUAAAGCUUUUAGAGAUUGGUUAGACAAAAUUGGUCCUAUAGUUGAUGAUUAUCUUAAAAUGUAACUACCAGAUAAUUUAUAAAAUGCUGCUAUCGAACUUCGAUCAUAUUUGUUGGAUUCAUUCGGAAAUAAAUAGAGAAUAGAUUAUGGAACAGGACAUGAAUUUUAAUUUUUCCUCUUUCUAUUUUCUUUAUUUAAAUUAGGAGUUUAUACUGAAUAGGAUUAUGAAGGAAUAGUGAGAUUAGCAUUUUAUAAGUAUUUAAAAAAAAUAAAGAUAUUUUUAGAUAUAUUGAUUUUGCAAGAAAAGUACAAAUGACUUACAUGCUGGAACCAGCUGGUUCUCAUGGUGUUUGGGGAUUGGAUGAUUAUUAAUUUUUACCUUUUGUAUUUGGAGCUGCGGAACUUGUAUGAAAAUUGAUUUAUAUUUAGAAUUAAAAUGAAUUUGGAUUACUUCCUGAUUGCAUUAUUAAAGAAAAUGUUAUUAAGAAUCAUAAGGAAGAAUAUAUGUUUUUAUAGUGCAUAGAUUUUAUUAAUAAUGUAAGAUAUUAAAAUAAUCUUAAAGGUCAAAAAAGGUCCGUUCCAUGAACAUAGUCCCAUUUUACACAGCCUUACUAAUUUGACUUGUUGGUCAAAGGUAUGUUCUGGACUAAUAAAAAUGUUUUAAGGAGAAGUGUUAUUCAAACAUCCGGUUAUAAAACAUACAUAUUUCGGAACUAUCGUUGAAUAUAAAUGAGAACAUGUGUGUCUAAAAAGAAAUAUUUACAUAUUAG